UGUUAUAGAUGAACCAAGUGAUGAUGUCAAUGAUUGCAAUUAAAUAUUUGUAUGGGGCAGUCAUAUUGUAUUCUAAAUACGAAGAAUUCGAGCUGAAAAAAAAUAAUUGUAUUACAACAUUCAGCGUCUUUCCCAAAGAAUAUGAAAUAACCUUUGAAGUUUUUUUAAGCUCGUUUAGUGAUGGAAACGAAUAUUGUCAUUGUGCAAAUUUAUUUCGUUUUACCAACGGUAAUGAUGAUCAUAAUAGUUACGGAAAUAGACUUUUGGCUGUAUGGUAUUUUGAUACUAAAGAAUUACAAUAUCAUUCAUCUAUUAAUGGUUACACACACCAAGCUAAACCUGCUCCUUACAGCACGGGGUGGCAAAAGUUUAAUAUAAGUCAAUUAUUAUUUCGUGGAGCCUAUAUUUCCACUCUUCAAGUUAAUAAUGUUACAAUAUCUUCAGUUAUAAAUAAUGAUGCUAGAGAAUUUUUCAAUGUGAAUUUGUUUUUUUCUGAUCCGUAUUAUUUAACGCAACCUGGCUACGCAAAAAAUAUUUUAGUUACAAGAGGAUGUUCAGAAAGCAACUUGUACUGCCAACCUCAGUUGAAUAUGCAAUUUAAUUGGCUAUUAAUUGAAAAUUUUUUGGACAUCAGUUUUCAAAUAAGCUACAACGAUUCAAAAGAACAUGCAGUUAAUGUUGUUUGGGAAUAUUUUCUACCGCCUUUUAUAACGCUGCAAUCUGAAAAUAUAUCAUCGGAAAUUACAAAAUUAAAUACAAGCAAACUAAAAUAUACAAUUCUAAUUCUGCCAAAUAAUGAAGUCAAUCAAAGAAUUACGGUUAAAAUAAGCAAUACUAGGUGUUUAUCUGAUGGCUCAUACACAAUUGAAAUUCCCAUAAAACUCUCUUUUGAAAACAAUGCAUCAUCAUCAUGGAAAUUAUUUCGAACUAUAAAUGAACCUUUUAAAGAAAACUGUAAAAAGCUAGUUUUGCCAAUUGAUCAAAAUCAUGCAACAGGAUAUUACGGUCGAGGUAUAUACUGCGACAACAUUAACUCUCAAAUGUAUCUCUGUAUUAACCAAUAUGUCACAAAUUUACAAAAACCUGCAUGUUUCAUUUCAAAAGAUGAUGGGUUGUACUGGCAAGCAAUAGAUGUGCGCAUUGGAGCAAUUCUUGGACAUGUUUUAAAUAAACAACUAUAUGCAAUACACAGAAACCAAAAGUUGUAUUUAAUGUUUCAUGAAGUAUUUAAAAAGUGGUUGGUUGUAACAAACGAUGAUUUUAAAACUAAAAUCAUAAACAAACUUGAUUGGUCAAAAUUACAAUCUUUUGAGGAAGAUAUGGAACUUAAUGUAACAUAUGGAACAAAGCAGUGGAUGGGAAACAAUAAUGGGUUACACAUCAAAAACCUGACUACCAAUAGCUGGUUUCUAAGAUUUAAAUGGAAUGUUUAAUACCAAUAUUUAAAGUUAUAUAACAUAGAGAUUGUCAAACACUUUAUUAACUUUUUUUGCAUA